AUGGCUUCCCCCAGUAAGACUAGUGCCUCAAACCCUGUUGUCAAACUUGCUCGAACGAAGAGCAAGAAAAGACAUUUUGUGCAGCAGAAGGUGGAGGUUUUAAGACCUAGUGAUCCAGUUCUGAGCGUCUUCAUGUGGGGAAUCAAUCAUACGAUAAAUGACCUGUCACAAGUCCCUAUGCCUGUAAUGCUGCUUCCUGACGACUUUAAGGCGAACACCAAGAUCAAAGUCAACAAUCAUCUCUAUAACAAGGAGAAUCUUCCAGGUCAUUUCAAGUUCAAAGAGUACUGUCCACAGGUGUUCCGUAACCUUCGUGAACGUUUUGGAAUCGAGGAUCAGGAUUAUCAGGUGUCUUUGACGCGCAGUCCUCCCGUGAAGGAUAGUGAGAAUCAGGGGGAGGGGCUACUGUUUACCUCAUAUGACCGCACACUGAUUGUCAAGCAGAUCUCCAGUGAGGAAGUAGAGGACAUGCACAACAUCUUGUCUGAAUAUCAUCAGCACAUAGUCACCUGCCAUGGCAGCACACUGCUUCCCCAGUUCCUGGGAAUGUACCGGGUCACUGUGGAGGGUGAAGACACAUACCUGAUCGUCAUGAGGAACAUGUUCAGUCACCAGCUUCACGUUCACAGGAAAUAUGACCUCAAGGGGUCUCUGGUGUCUCGAGAAGCAAGCGAUAAAGAGAAGGGCAAAGAACUUCCCACGUUUAAAGAUGUGGAUUUUCGGAACAGCAUGCAGAAGGUCUACAUUAGUGAGGAAGAGAAGGAAAAGCUCAUGGAUAAGCUGAACAGAGAUGUUGAGUUCCUCGUGCGUUUGAAGAUCAUGGACUACAGCUUGCUGCUGGGGAUCCAUGAUGUGGGGAGGGCAGAGCGAGAGGAAGAGGAGGAGUCAGAGGAAUCGUCAUCAGAAGAGGAGGAGGAGUCAGAGAAUGGCGUGCCCGCCGCCCCUCCUACCGGGGGUUCUUAUGGAACCUCACCCGAAGGAAUCGCCGGGUACAUGAGCUCCUGUAAGCCUUUUGGGCCAGGAGACUUUGACCCCUAUGUGGACGUGUACGCCAUUCAGAGUGCAGUCGGAGCCCCACAGAGAGAAGUGUACUUCAUGGGGCUAAUUGACAUUCUGACACAGUAUGACACCAGGAAGAAAGCAGCACACGCAGCAAAGACCGUCAAACACGGGGCUGGAGCUGAGAUCUCUACUGUUCAUCCUGAACAGUAUGCAAAGCGUUUCCGAGAGUUCAUCUACAACAUCUUUGCCUAG